GCAACCAGCAUAAUAAUUUUUGUUCGUCGUGAAAAUUGAAAUAUAACAAAAUGACAGGUGAAAACACAGACAUUAUAACCAUGGAGCCUCCUCACAUCUAUGUGGAAAGAACAUUAGCGCUUAUUAAACCUGACGUUAUUAACAAGUCCGAAGAAAUAGAGGAUAUUAUACUCAGAUCUGGAUUUGCAAUUUUACAGAAAAGAAGAGUUCACUUAACUCCAGAGCAGGCAAGUGACUUCUAUGCUGAACAUUAUGGGAAAAUGUUUUUCCCCAGCUUGGUUGCCUAUAUGAGUAGUGGUCCAAUCAUGGCUCUGGUGUUGGCUAGAGACCAAGCAAUCAGCUACUGGACAGAACUGGUAGGGCCAACGAAUACAUUCAAAGCAAGAGAAACACAUCCUGACUGUUUGCGUGCAAUUUAUGGAACAGAUGACCAAAGAAAUGCUCUGCAUGGAAGUGACUGUUUCUCAACAGCACAGAGAGAAAUCAGAUUCUUCUUCCCAAACAGUGUGAUAGAACCUGUUGCUACUGGCGUGGCUGCAGUAGACUACCUGUCAAAGACGGUCAACCCAACUUUAUUGAAGGGUCUCACGAAUCUCUGCAAACAGAAGCCAGAGGAUCCAGUGAUAUGGUUAGCUGACUGGCUGAUAGAAAACAACCCCAAUAAGCCACGUGUUGCACAGAUGAUUGUGGAGGAACCAAAGUAGAGACAGUGUAUUAAUGUUUAAAACUGUUCAUUGUAUACAUACUGUGAUGGGGAAAUGGUUAUUGUAUUUGGGUUUACAGACCUUUAUACGGCAAAUGAAGACAUACAAUAUGAAAGACUACUAGUACAUAUUUAAGAAAAAUACAUUAACAAUUUUGUUUUAACUUCUACAUUUUGGAAUUUCUGAAUUUUAAAAGUUAUGUUUCUUGCAAAAAUGCUUCCAAUAAGUUAGUUCUCAAAAUGUCUAAUUCUGUUGUUUACUUAACAAAAUUUAUAUAUCUGUUUUGUUCAAGAAUUAAGUUGAAAAUCUAAACUGUUUUUGUUUGUGAUAUUGUUUUCAUUUUCAUGUACCGGGUAUAUCAAAUUAAUUCCAGUGUAGAAAUCUGACAGAGACAAUUUUAACCACUUGGGAUUUUUUUUUAAUCAUGCGUCCAUUAGUGUUGGGAAUCGAUUGGAAUUUCAGAAUACAUUAUUGGGUAUGAUCAGUUUGAACCAAACACAAUCAGUUAGAAUUAUAUGAACAUAAGGAUUUGAAUUGAAGUACCAAAUUUGCAAGUUAGUUGUGCAAAAAUUGAUCUACAACAGCAUUUUUAUCAUUAUCAGGUAUUUACUAUGUUCUUAUUUGUACUACAUGUGUAUUGCUGUUUCCAGAUGGUCUGAAUUCCGAGGGCUGUCCCAUGGAAUGAUCUUUCCAACUGAGGAAGCUUAAUUCAGGCAUCCACAAAUUCAAUAUUUACAUCACCUGAAAAAGGGGUUAUACCCCACCAAAAAUUUACAUAUCUUAUUUUGGUUUGCAUAACCUUUUAUUUAUUUUUUAAAUAAAAAAUAAAUAAAAAAGAAAGAUACAUUGCCAAAACUGUUCAUUGAAGAAAUUAUACAUGUACAGGUCUGUUAUGCUAAAAAGAAGUGCAUAGCCGAUGAACAUAGAACAUUUGUUGCUCGUGAUGUGACUGGAAUUGGAUCCUGAAAUGUAAUAUAUUUUACCAUAGUUGUAUUGUGAGAAAUUAUUUCAGUCGGACUGUCGAAAAAGAUAAACCCAUGUCUUACAUAACGUACUUUUCAGUUUGUUGGUUAAUAUUAAAUCUCAAUUCAUCACCGUCACCAAAAACUUAAUUUAAUUUCAAAAUGUUUUGACAGUCAUAUUCAAUUGUACUUUUUUUCAUGUUUCUGACAAUGUUUUUAUAUAAUAGAUUAUGGAAUAUAAAAUCUGCAGUUAUUAAAAUUUGAAAACUAAAAAAAAUAACUAUUAAAUGUAAAAGAAUAAAAAUUAACUGUAGGUAUUUAUUAUUGAAAUAUCAAAUGUAAUUAUUGUUAUCACCAAUUGUUAAUAUUUGAACUUGUAAUUAAAAAAUAUAAUAAAUGUAUAUUUGUAAUACCUGC